AUGAGGUUCAAGACCAGACAAGCACCAGCUAACAAAUCGCCUGACGACUUUAUACGUCGGUUUUUCCACGCAGCUGUGAUCGCAAACACAUUUCUGUACAUUGAUGGAGGGCAAUUCUCAUACAUGCAAGAUGGCAGCCCCGUCUAUGACUGGGCUUCAAACACCCUCUCCCUCGAUAUGUCCAAGGAUUGGACGAAUUCUACCGUCUCUUUCGGUUCCAUCGACAAGCCAUCAGGCGCACCAUCCCUCUUCGGCGGAUCCUUAUCCUACUAUGCUCCCAACAACGUGAUCUACUCCGGCCUUGCAGGAAGACCUGACGACUAUGAAAAUGACUUCAAUGGAACAUACCCAAACCCACCCAAUCUGUGGGCUUUGAAACCAGACAAUCAGGGUGGCGGCACAUGGUCCCAAAUAUUAGACUCAGAUGCUCCCGUCUUGAAGAGUGUGACUAGGCCAGUAGAUGCGGCAAUCGCAGCAGGACCGAGGGAAACUUGGUUCCUAGGCGGUGGUGGUCUCGAUGGCAGUUCCUUGGCAAAUAUGCUGCAAUUUGACAUGGAGAACCAACAAUUCAACAAUGUGACGACGAAAUUUGACUCAGUAUGGCAUGGAAAACUAGACUACGUGCCUGUCUACGGUACGGACGGUAUUCUAAUAGCCUUCCCAGGAGACAGCAGAUACGGACUCAUCGAUUUCAGCACCGUGGAGGUCUAUGACGUGACGACACAGGCAUGGUACAACCAAACAACGACAGGAGACUUGCCAAUCCCUCGAAAGGAUCAUUGUGUUACUGGGGUAGCUUCAAGCCAGCAAACUUAUGAGAUCUUUGUUUAUGGCGGGUUCCGUGGUGACUUGGGGAACGAAACAAUCUUAGUAGUGGGUGGUGGUGAUCCGGCUGCUACCACUGCCGACAAAGCAGACUACACCUCACAGACUGAAAAGGCGCAAAUCAGUACGAAAGAUCCCAACAAACAAGGUUUAGGUAUAUUCGAUAUGACGACGCUUCAAUGGAAUGACCGCUAUUCGGCCUCAGCGUCAGCCUAUAAACAGGCAGAACAGGUCAAAACGUUUUAUGACGCAGCUGGAGAUUCUUACAAACAAGGUCUCCUUCCGGAAAUCUCUUCACUCAUGCAAAAGGCACAUUUCGAUCAUGUCACCAACUCAACAUCUACAUCUACCACAUCCGCCAAGUCUGAUAGUAAGACUACCAACAAAGGCGCUAUAGCAGGUGGCGUUGUCGGCGGUAUCGCUGCUCUUGCGCUUAUAAUUGGCGUUAAAAGGCUGCUUCGGCGGCGUCGGCAGCGACGCAACAAUGUUGCCGAAAAAGAUGCCUUGCCGCUAAAACCAGAAGAUCAGGCUUACAUGAGCGAAUUGCACAAUACUCAAAGGCCUCACGAGAUGGACAGUAGGCCCAUGCAUGAAGUUGAUGGCAACUCCAACCAGCCGAACAUGAUGGUAGAGCUGCAAUGA